UCUAGCAGGAGAGUGCUUUGCGUCUGUAUGCGUGUCUCCAGCUAGGCCGGAGAGAGAUGGCGGCGCCCGUACUCAGAGUGUCCACCCCUCGGUGGGAAAGAAUAGCCAGGCUUAUAGUUUGCCUCCUGGGUAUACUUCUGUCUCUGUACGCUUUUCACGUCGAGAGGGAAAAGGAACGGGAUCCGAGUUAUGAAGCCCUGUGCGACAUCAGCAGCUCCGUCAGCUGCUCAAAAGUGUUCAGCUCGAGGUGGGGUCGAGGAUUUGGACUUUUAGGUUCAAUAUUUGGAAAUGACAGCGUGCUGAAUCAACCCAACAGUGUCUACGGGAUAGUCUUUUAUGCCUUUCAGCUUUUACUAGGGAUGACUGUCAGUGCAAUGGCUGCCCUUUUUCUCAUGAUGACGUCCAUCUUGUCAGUGGUGGGCUCGCUCUACCUGGGCUACAUCCUCUACUUUGUCCUAAAGGACUUCUGCAUCAUCUGCAUCACCACAUACGCGCUGAACUUCAUUCUCUUUCUUCUCAACUACAAGCGACUGGUUUACUUGAACGAGGCCUGGAAGCAGCAGCUCCCGGCCAAGCAGGACUAAAGCUGCCGAGGAUGGCAAGAAAAAACGAAAAGAACG